AUAUAUAUUCUAGAUUGGCAAAAGAAAUGUAUUUCUGAUAAAAGACUGUUAAAAGGUGCUAACAUGCUUCUUAUGCUACGUGAGGCGGUAGUAAAGAGAAGAGAUUCUUUGUUAAUACUUCCGUUCGUGGCGAUCGUCAAAGAGAAGGUUAUUUUUCUUCAGUUUUUUUGCUCACUGUUCAUUCACUUAGAAAGCUUUUGUAGUCGACUGCCACCUUUAAAAAGACGAGAAAAACGCACAAUUUAUGUGGCGACUUUCGAGAAAGCUAAUAUGUUAAUUAAUUGUUUAAUUGAAAACGACCGUUUACAGGAAAUUGGGCUUGUUAUUGUGGAUGAAGUAUUUCUUAUAUUUGUUUUUUGGAUUUUAGUGUUUUCUUUUUAUUUGAUGCUGAGUGUAAGACAUCUUAUUUCUACUUUAGGCGAAGGGCAAAUUGUUGGUAUUACUGCAACGCUUGCCAACAGUGAUGAAGUAGCAAGUUUUUUGAACGCGUCGGUGUUUACCACGGAUUUUCGUCCGGUAGUUAUACUUGCUACUAAACUUGCUAAAAAAGAUCCAGAUGGCUUGGUUCCGCUGCUACAGGACCUUAUUCCUAGGAAAUCGGUAAUUAUAUUUUGCCCCACAAAACUUGGAUGUGAAAAUAUUUGUAAAUCGAUUGUUCGUAUUGCUCCAAAGUCUUUACGUCAUCAAAAAACUGAAGUUCGUAAAGCACUAGUUAAUAGUUUAAAACAAGAUGAUGAUGGACAUGUCUAUCCUUAUUUGGAGACAGGAUUAAUGUCUGGCGUAGGUUUCCAUCACAGUGGUCUAACUUCAGAGGAAAGAGAAGUAGUGGAAAACGCCUUUCAAGUUGGGGCAGUAAGCAUACUUUGUUCGACCUCAACUUUAGCCGCGGGUGUUAAUUUACCUGCGCGGCGUGUUAUUAUAAAGGCGCCGUAUGUUGGCCGUGAGCUGUUGAAAAAAUCUCAGUAUCUGCAGAUGGUUGGUCGGGCUGGUAGGGCAGGUUACGAUGAAAUAGGUGAUGCAGUUACGAUAGUUCGUUCAGGAAUUGAAGAAAUGAAGGUUAUUGAUAGCUUUCAAGCUAAGUUGACUCUGAACGUUUUUUUCUGUUCAGUGUUUGAAUUGACCGUAUUUAAGUUUAAAAGUAAACAUUCGUUUGAAAAACAAAAGAUUGCUUUCAGUAUUUGGUUAAUUCUUUUUAAGGGCAUUGUGUUUUCAUCGCACUUCCAUUUGAUCUUCAUCAUAAUACCUCUUGAUACCUUCACUGUGAUUGACUGGAAUAUUUUUUACGAAGAGAAGGAAGGAGACGUUGCUGUACGAGUCUAUGCAGCCUUUAUGAUGCAGCGGAUUUGGAAACAGGAGUCUUUUUGGAGCGUCAGUCAGCGUUUCUCUGUUACUCGAGGGUGGUUGCAAUCAACAUUGCAAUCAAUUUGUUCUCAAGCGUCUUCGAUUGCUCGGUUUGCUGAGACAAUUCCUUCUUUGUGGGCCUUAAAACUUCUUCUCCCAGAACUCGUUUGUAAGCUUCGUGAAUGCAAAGAACAGGAAUUGAUUCCUCUUUUAGCCAUUGACUAUGUGAAAAGAGGUCGCGCUCGACAGUUAUAUGAAAAAGGGUAUAGAACAGUUGGCGCAGUAGCGAGUGCUGAUCCUGUUGUUCUGGUGCAGUCUAUUCAGAAUCUUAGCAGCCGACACGCUUCAAUCAUCGUUCGUAGCGCUCAGGUUUUUUUCUAA